AUGAAGCGAGAAAGGUACAAUAUCCAUUGUGAUAGUCAGAGCGCAUUGGAUUUGAGUAAGAAUGCGAUGUACCACUCUCGCACGAAGCACAUUGAUGUCAGAUAUCAUUGGCUACGUCAAGCAAUGGAAGAACAACAGUUCAAGUUGGAAAAGAUUCACACUGACGAUAAUCCUGCUGACAUGAUGAUGAAAGUUGUAACAGGGGGAAAGCUUCAGCUUUGUGCCGAGUUGAUCGGCCUGGAAUGCAUGUUCGAGGAGUGUUACAAAUGCUUCAAGUUUUCAUAUGCUGCAACUUGUUUACGACUAGUUGAUGUUAUGGUGAACAAAAUUGAGAAAUCUAAGAGCUCGACUCCGUCGACUCUAAGAGCAUUUUCUUGUUCUGUUAGCACGUGGCUUAGAAGUAUGCGAGAUGUUCCUCUGAAUGAGGAGGUGAAAAUCAAUAACCCAAAUGUUACUACUGCUGUGUCAAUCUUGGGAUUGUCCAAUUCUUUAUCAAGGUGA